CCUUCUACGUCUAUCAUCCAAAAUUCGCUUUCUAAUUCGUCCUUUGAUGCCAGUAAUGCCCUUGGACCGGAAGAAAGGAUUCGUUUAUACUUGCGAGUACAAUAACGUGAUGCUACAGUUCAGAGCGAAUGCAUGUAUAAUCUUUUUAGACGAUAUUGGCCCUUAACUCAUCUUAACUUUUAUCCAAAAAGAAUACACACGAGAUGCGCAAAGUCUCCUGCAAACCUCUGGUUACGAUUUUCUCUCUCUAGAAGACUCUCAUUCUGUGCUGUUUCCCUCUCUAGCUCUAUGGCCUCUAUUGUUGCACUCAACUGUUCCCUCGCCGCUCCUAUCCGUGCAUCGUGCGGUUCCGGAAGAAAACCGGAGUCGAAUCGCCGGAAAACUGCUUCUUCAACCUGGUGGGCUCCACUCUUCGGUUGGUCCUCCGAUCCUGAUUACGUUGACACCAAAAGUAGCGAUGCUGCCAGCAUUGAUAGAUCCGAUACGUCGGAAUCCGAUUCGGAUUCGGGUCGACCAAGAUCCAAGUUCACUUUGGGUUGUUUCACAGAAGACAAAGCGAGACAGCUUAGAAAGAAGACUAUGGAGGGUAGUUCGUUUCAUGAUAUAAUGUACCAUUCAGCAAUCGCAUCUCGCCUUGCUUCCGAUGCAUCGGCUCAUUCUUCUGAUAAGUAAACCGGAGCUGCGUUGUCCUGUAAGUCACCGUCUUUUAGGUGUUGGAAAUUUGUCGAAAAUCCGAAUGUUAUCUUUGUUUUCAAGAAACUUUUGUUUUUUUUUUUUUUUUCCGGUUUAGUUUUAGCUUUUGUUGUGUGGGGUUGAGAACACGUACUUAUGAUGUGUACUCCUAACGUUGGACCGUCAAUGAACGUUUUCCUUUCUCGGCAUCAUGGAGUGUGUGUUGGAUGCCGUUUGUUGAAAGGGACACACGCAUUUGAUUAGGUUGGGAUGGCAAUCUCAGUUGCUUUUGAUAAUGAUAAUGGCCAUGCCUAAAUGGGUCCCAUUUUUCAAUCCUUC